AUGGCAUCUGCACAGUUUGUCGUCUAUCUGACAUGUUUGUUCUUGGGGGAAACAGUUCACACAAAUGACCUCAAAUUCUCCUUGUCUGUUCAUCAAGAAAGACACUUUGUAUCAGCUAAUACUGGGGGCAAUGUGAGUCUGUGCUGUUUCUAUGAAGGUAAUGAUGUGGCAAGGCUUUACUGGUAUAAGUUAAAUUUGGGAAAGGAAUCAAAGCUCAUUUGUACUGUCAACACAGUGGACAAUCACGCCAUGUUUCAUGAUGAAUUCAACACUGAUCCACGAUUCACAGUGAAUUUUGAAAAAGGAAAGAUUGACUUAAAGAUAACAGACCUGCAAAUUUCAGACUAUGCUACUUACUAUUGUGCAAGCAGCUAUGGAUACAGGUUUGCAUUUGCAGAGGGUACUGUCAUUGAUGUAAAAGGUUCAGGGUCGAACAUCCCAACUUUAGUGCAGCAGUCAACAUCUGAGACCAUCCAGCCAGGAGGCUCCGUGACUCUGAACUGUACAGUACACACUGGGACCUGUGAUGAAGAACACAGUGUUUACUGGUUCAGAGACUCUGAAGAAUCUUUACCAAGAAUCAUUUACAGCCAUGGAGGCAGGAAUGAUCAGUGUGAGAGGAAACCCAACACACAGUCACACACCUGUGUCUACAACCUGCCAAUGAAGAGCCUGAAUACGUCUCAUGCUGGGACCUACUACUGUGCUGUCGCCUCAUGUGGACACAUACUGUUUGGAAACGGGACCAAGCUGAACUUAAUAGAUGAGGUGGGAUUGCUUUACUUGGUGCAUGUCCUGAAUGGAGUUGUUGCAUUCAUUUGUGUCCUUAGUUUGUGUUUAAUGUCCUUCUUGUUUGUAAUGACCAAAAAGAAAAGCAUCCACUUCACAGGAUCACCAGAACAUUUUAAGGGACAACAAAACAAACAGAUCAAGAAGACAGCGAGAUGA